CAUAAGGAUCUGUACAAGGACGUCAUGAUGGAGAAUCAUCAGUCCCUAACAUCACCGGAUGGAUCCAGUCAGAGAAAUCCACCAGAGAGAUGUCCCAGUCCUCUGUAUUCCCAGGACUGUCCACAGGAAAAGCAGAAUGUCCCACUGGAUCAUCAAGAAAGUUCAGGUGGAACGACGAGUGAGCUCAAAAAACCCGGAUCGGUGUCCGCGAAUGGUAAAAAUGGGAUGAGAGUAUACCAUAAGAAUCUUCAUUUAUCUUCCUAUGAUAAAGCAGAAGAUAGCAAUAUCACACAAGCUUAUUCAAUAACUCCUAAUGUACCCUCAGUCCUUCAUAGCGGAGAUAUAUCCAAUGAUACUGCUGGUCACAAGAAACCUUCAUCUAGUCAAUCACUGACUGGCAAAAGAAGAACUAAACAGAAGUGUGGAAAAAUAUUUUCACAUGGGACACCUUUUAAGAAGAAAUCUAAUCUUUCUUUACAUGAGAGAAAUUGCAGAGAUAAAAAGUCAUUUUCAUGCUCUGAAUGUGGAAAAUCUUUUACCAGGAAAUGUAUUCUAGUUGGACAUCUGAGAACUCACACAGGGGAGAAGCCGUAUUCAUGUUCAGAAUGUGGGAAAUGUUUUAUGUUGAAAUGCUCUAGAAAGAAACAUCAGAGAACUCACACAAGAGCGAAGCCAUUUUCAUGUUCAGAAUGUCAGAAAUGUUUUAGUAAGAAAUCUGGUCUUGUGGCACAUUUAAGAAUUCAUACAGGGGAGAAGCCAUUUUCAUGUUCUGAAUGUGGUAAAUGUUUUAGUCAGAAAUCAAAUCUUGUGAAACAUCUAAAAAUCCACAUAGGGGAGAAGCCAUUUUCAUGUUCAGAAUGUCAGAAAUGUUUUACUCAGAAAUCUGUUCUUCUGACACAUCAGAAAACUCACACAGGGGAGAAGCCAUUUUCAUGUUCAGAAUGUGGAAAAUGUUUUACCCGUCAAUCAUAUUUUUUUCUGCAUCUGAAAACUCACUCUGGUGAGAAGCCAUUCUCAUGUAUUGAAUGUGGAAAGUGUUUUAUUUUUAAAUCAAAUCUUGUUAACCAUCAGACAAUUCACACAGGAGAGAAGCCGUUUCUGUGUCCUGAAUGUGGGAAGUGUUUUCGUGUGAAAUCAAUGCUUGUAGCACAUCAAAGAAUUCACACAGGAGAGAAGACAUUUUCAUGUUCAGAAUGUGGGAAAUGUUUUAGUCACAAAUCACAACUUGUUGGACAUCAGAGAACUCACACAGGGGAGAAGCCAUAUUCAUGUUCAGAAUGUCAGAAAUGUUUUAGUAAUCAAUCUGCUCUUGUGAAACAUUUAAGAAUUCAUACGGGGGAGAAGCCAUUUUCAUGUCCUGAAUGUGGUAAAUGUUUUAGUCUCAAAUCACAUCUGGUUAAACAUCAGAGAACUCACACAGGGGAGGAGCCAUUUUCAUGUCCUGAAUGCGGUAAAUGUUUUAGUCAGAAAUCACAUCUUGUUAAACAUCAGAGAACUCACACAGGGGAGGAGCCAUUUUCAUGUCCUGAAUGUGGUAAAUGUUUUAGUUUCAAAUCACAUCUUGUUGGACAUCAGAGAACUCACACAGGGGAGAAGCCAUUUUCAUGUUCAGAAUGUGGAAAAUGUCUUGCCAAUCAAUCAAGUUUUAUUCAGCAUCAAAAAACUCACACAGGGGAGAAGCCAUUUUCAUGUCCUGAAUGUGGUAAAUGUUUUGGUCAGAAAGCAAAUCUUGUGCAACAUCUAAAAAUCCACUUAGGGGAGAAGCCAUUUUCAUGUCCUGAAUGUGGUAAAUGUUUUGGUCAGAAAGCAAAUCUUGUGAAACAUCUAAAAAUCCACUUAGGGGAGAAGCCAUUUUCAUGUUCAGAAUGUGGAAAAUGUUUUAGUCAGAAAGUUAGUCUUGUGAGACAUCUAGGAAUCCACUAUGGACAGAAGUCAUUUUCAUGUUCAGAAUGUGGUAUAUGUUUUAUUCUUGAAUCAAGUUUAACUCGGCAUCAGAGAGCUCACACAGGGGAGAAGUCUGACCUGUCUUCAAGAUAGCUCAUCAAUAUCAGAUUGGGGGGGUUUCGACACUCGAGAACCCCACCGAUCAGUUGUUUGAGGAGGCCUCCUUGCAGCUUACAAAGCACAAUGCUUUCCAUUGGAGAGCGCAUGUGCUUGGUAUUGCAGAUUAGUCUCAUUCACUUGAAUAUGAGAGGAUAUUAAGAGCGAUCAUUCCAUAUUGUUCCUGUAAUGCUAAUGAAAUGAUAAAGCCAAAUUGACGGCCAGCAAACGCGGCAUGCCAGACACACUUUGCGCAACUCAUCACACUCUGAACACCCUUGAGGGCCAGGGUACUCUUCACC